UGUUAGAAGCAAGUGCAUGUACAGUUGGGCCAUUGGAAAAGCAAAGCUAUGGCGAUCUCUAGCAGCAGCAACAGGUUAUUCAUCAUUCUGCUGCUUUUUGUUUCUGGUGCAUCAGAAAUAUAUGCAGCUACUGUAACUUGCAUCAGAAGAGGGCCUUGUUAUCUCAAGAGGGUAAGUUGCCCAGCUCAGUGUCCAGAUCUCUAUCCAACCGACCCAAAAGCAAAAGCUUGCUAUUUGAACUGCAAUUCACCCAUAUGCAUGCCUGAAUGCAGAAAUCGAAAACCCAAUUGCAAUGCGCCUGGAGCAGCGUGCUUGGACCCUCGCUUCAUCGGUGGAGAUGGCAUUGUCUUCUACUUCCAUGGCAAGAGUAAUGAGCAUUUCAGCUUAGUGUCUGAUCUCAACCUGCAAAUCAAUGCCCACUUCAUUGGCCUCCGACCAGCAGGCAGAACCAGGGACUAUACUUGGAUUCAAGCCCUUGGUAUCCUCUUUAAUUCUCACACUUUCUCGCUUGAGGCCACCAAAGCAGAAAAAUGGGAUGAUGAAAUUGAUCAUCUAAGAUUCACCCACAACGGCAAAGAGCUAGUGAUACCAGAAGACCAUUUAUCUUCGUGGCAGUCCCCAGAAAGCAACAUUAGAGUGGACAGAACGUCAAGCAAGAACAGUGUUCAAGUCACUAUCCCGGACGUUGCAGAGAUAUCAGUGAAUGUUGUGCCCGUAACUAGAAAAGAUGAUAGAAUCCACAACUACCAGAUACCUUCUGAUGACUGUUUUGUUCAUUUAGAGGUUCAAUUCAAGUUCUACAGCUUAUCCUCGAAAGUCGAAGGAGUUCUUGGAAGGACUUACCAGACUGAUUUCAAGAACCCUGCAAAGCCAGGAGUGGCAAUGCCAGUUGUGGGAGGUGAAAACAAGUACAGGACAACUUCUCUGCUUUCUGCUGAUUGUGGCUCAUGCAUUUUCUCUCCAGAUGGAUUCUUGGAACAGAAAGAGGAGGCGGCGGUGAUGGAUUUUGGCACGCUGGAUUGCACUGGCGGUUCCAACGGUGGAUAUGGAAUCUUUUGCAGGAAAUAAGAACGAAAAUUGCUGUAUCAGUACGCUCGAAGAGCAUUGGAAGAUUUCCCUUUUCAAAUAAUAAUUAAAGUUUGCCUGAUAGGGUAUAACUUGGCUUUUGUGAUUCUACAAAAAAAAAUGACCAUCCCUUUUUGCCAUUUUUGUAUCUUCAAAGUUCAGCAAUCGAGUAGAAAGUUGGCUUUUAAAAA